UUUCCGGUAAAGUUGCGAACUUGGGUGUUUGUUCUCUCUUGUAGGGCUAAGGUCUUAUCGACGACUUACUCCAAUUUUAAGUUCCAUCCGUUUCUCAGUAAUUAAAUCUAAACAAAGAAAAUGACGACCGAAGCCGAGCUUGCGUGCGUUUACUCUGCGUUGAUACUCGUUGACGAUGAUAUUGCCGUAACUGGCGAAAAAAUACAAACAAUUUUAAAAGCAGCCAAUGUAAAUGUUGAAUCUUAUUGGCCUGGACUUUUCGCUAAAGCUUUAGAAGGCAUAAAUGUUAAGGAAUUAAUUACCAACAUCGGAUCCGGUGUUGGAGCCGCACCUGUAGGAGCAGCUCCAGCUGCAGCGGCGCCCGUUAGCACAGAAGCUGCUCCAACUAAAGAAGAAAAGAAGAAGGAAGAACCAGAAGAAGAAUCAGAUGAUGAUAUGGGCUUUGGUCUAUUCGACUAGGAUCAGGGAUCGCGUUGGUCCAUUCCUUUUACAGUUUUGUACAGUUACAUUGUACACAUAAUAUAAAUAAUGAAACAUUUUGAUAAAAAAAA